AUGAUUGCCUUCCGGGCCUUCUUGAACCUUAGCAUGCUGCAGGUUCUUGUCAGCGCUGACCCUCUACCACAAGUUGAUGCUUUGUCCAAGAAUGGCUCGAGUGGGCAGCCCUACGAGCCGCGGGCGACGCAAGGGGCGCUCGACCGGCGGUGGGGCACCGCCAUGGUCGGCGCCGGACAUGUCAAGCUCCGAAAGCGUUGCUGGGCCUUCACUUUAUGCGUCGCAGCGGGCGCCCGCGGCCAUGUGAUGCCCGAGCGUGUGCGGCUCGGUGAAAGCUGGCCCCAGCGCCUGAGGGAUCCGGCGGAGGCAGAGAUGGUGGAAGCGCAGAGCAGAGGUGGGCGCUCCAGUCAGCCGUGCUCCUGA